UGCUUGGUGGAAUCUUAGCAGAUGAGAUGGGUCUCGGAAAGACAGUGGAAGUUCUGGCUCUGAUUCUGACGCAUACUCGACAAGACGUCAAACAAGAUGGUCUCACUCUUCCUGAGCUACACGUGUGAUGAUCCUAACAGCUGUGAAAGAAAUGAAUGGGAAAAAAGGAGUUUCUAUUCUUUCUAUCUAUAAGUAUGUCAGCUCCAUAUACAAAUACGAUGUUCAGCGGAACCGGAGUCUUUUGAAGCGGAUGCUAAAAUGUUUAAUCUUUGAAGGUCUUGUGAAACAGAUCAAAGGCCAUGGUUUCUCUGGGACUUUUACACUGGGGAAGAAUUACAAGGAAGAAGAUAUAUGUGAUAAAACAAAGAAGCAGGUGGUGGGGAGUCCAAGGAAAAUUCAGAAGGAGUUAAGGAAAUCAGUGAACAAGGACACAGAUUCUGAAUACCUGCCAUCAAAUACUUCUGAUGAUGAUGAUGAUCCUUAUUAUUAUUACUAUAAGGCCAGAAAAAGCCGUAGUAAAUUGAAGAAAAAACCUGUGUUACUCACUAAGAAGGAAAAGAGACAACCUAUCAGUCCAGAUUCCCAGAUUCACUCUCCAGCUGUUGGUGACGCUGCAAGUGCUGAUGCUAAUGUCUCAGAAAGUGCACCUGCCUCUGAGGACAAGAGAAACCAAGAAGCAGAAGACCUUGCUGGCUCUCCAAAGCCCGCUGAUGAGGAAUUGGCACAUUCUAACACUGUGAGUCCCUGUGAGACCUCUGAUUACCGCUUUGAGUGCAUAUGUGGUGAAUUUGACCAGAUUGGCCGAAAGCCGAGAGUUCAGUGUCUGAAGUGUCACCUGUGGCAACAUGCGAAGUGUGUGAAUUACGAGGAGAAGAAUCUGAAGGUUAAGCCUUUUUACUGCCCCCACUGCCUGGUUGCAAUGGAGCCAGUGUCAACAAGAGCAACGCUGAUCAUCUCUCCAAGUUCCAUUUGCCAUCAGUGGGUGGAUGAAAUCAACCGGCAUGUGAGAUCAUCAUCUCUUCGAGUUUUGGUAUAUCAAGGAGUGAAGAAAGAUGGCUUCUUACAGCCUCAUUUUUUGGCAGAACAAGAUAUAGUUAUCAUUACCUAUGAUGUCCUUCGUUCAGAACUAAACUAUGUUGAUAUCCCACAUAGCAAUAGUGAGGAUGGGCGUCGCCUGAGGAACCAGAAGCGCUAUAUGGCUAUUCCCAGCCCCCUGGUAGCGGUGGAGUGGUGGAGAAUCUGUCUUGAUGAAGCUCAGAUGGUUGAAUGUCCUACAGUAAAAGCUGCAGAAAUGGCCCAGCGUUUGAGUGGGAUUAAUCGGUGGUGCAUCAGUGGCACUCCAGUGCAGAGAGGAUUGGAGGAUCUUUUUGGGCUGGUGGUCUUUCUUGGGAUUGAACCUUACUGUGUCAAACACUGGUGGAUUCGACUUCUCUAUCGCCCAUACUGCAAGAAGAAUCCUCAGCAUCUCUACAGUUUUAUUGCCAAGAUACUGUGGAGGUCUGCAAAGAAAGAUGUCAUUGACCAAAUCCAGAUUCCACCUCAGACUGAGGAAAUGCACUGGCUCCACUUUUCCCCUGUGGAGAGACAUUUCUAUCACCGCCAGCAUGAGGUGUGCUGCCAGGAUGCCGUGGUAAAGCUCAGGAAGAUCUCCGACUGGGCCCUGAAACUGAGCAGCUUGGACAGAAGGACUGUCACCUCCAUCCUGUAUCCUCUGCUGCGGCUCAGACAGGCCUGCUGCCAUCCACAGGCUGUUCGUGGGGAGUUCUUGCCACUCCAGAAGAGCACCAUGACAAUGGAAGAGCUGCUCACGUCUUUGCAGAAGAAAUGUGGAACUGAAUGUGAAGAGGCCCAUCGGCAACUAGUUUGUGCCCUCAACGGCUUAGCAGGCAUCCAUAUCAUUAAAGGUGAGUAUGCCUUGGCAGCAGAGCUAUACAGAGAAGUACUACGCUCCUCUGAGGAGCACAAAGGAAAACUCAAAACGGAUUCACUUCAAAGACUUCAUGCCACACAUAACUUAAUGGAGCUGUUGGCAGCCAAACACCCAGGGAUCCCUCCCACCUUAAGAGAUGGCAGACUUGAAGAAGAGGCCAAGCAGCUUCGAGAGCACUAUAUGAGCAAGUGUAACACAGAAGUGGCUGAAGCCCAGCAAGCCUUGCAGCCUGUGCAGCAGUCCAUACGUGAGCUCCAGAGGAAGAUUCAUUCUAAUUCUCCUUGGUGGCUGAAUGUCAUCCACAGAGCAAUGGAGUUUUCUGUUGAUGAGGAACUUGUUCAGCGGGUGCGAAAUGAAAUAAGCAGUAACUACAAGCAGCAAACUGACAAGCUUUCUAUGUCAGAGAAGUUCCGUGACUGCAGAGGUCUUCAGUUCUUACUUACAACACAAAUGGAAGAGCUCACUAAGGUCCAGAAGUUAGUGAGAGAGGCUGUGAAGAAGCUGGAGAGACCUCCAUCCCGUGAUGUGAUUGAGUCUGCAACAGUCUGCCACCUGCGACCAGCUAGACUCCCUCUGAACUGCUGCGUCUUUUGUAAAGCUGAUGAAUUGUUCACAGAGUAUGAAUCAAAGCUAUUUUCCAACACAGUCAAAGGCCAGACUGCAAUCUUUGAAGAAAUGAUAGAAGAUGAAGAAGGACUUGUGGAUGAUAGAGUACCUACUACUACCCGGGGCCUGUGGGCAAUAAGUGAGACAGAACGGUCUAUGAAAGCAAUAUUGUCAUUUGCAAGAUCACAUAGGUUCGAUGUUGAAUAUGUAGAUGAAGGAAGUGUUUCAAUGGAUCUCUUCGAGGCAUGGAAGAAGGAGUAUAAGUUACUUCAUGAAUACUGGAUGACUCUGAGAAAUCGUGUGUCGGCUGUUGACGAACUUGCCAUGGCUACAGAGCGACUAAGAGUGCGCCAUCCCAAGGAACCAAAGCCAAACCCACCUGUCCAUCACAUCAUUGAACCACAUGAGGUUGAACAGAACCGUAUAAAACUGGUCAAUGAUAAAGCUGUUGCUACAUCACAGCUUCAGAAAAAACUUGGACAGCUUCUUUACUUGACAAAUUUGGAGAAGUCUCAAGACAAAACAUCAGGAGGUAUUAAUCCAGAGCCUUGUCCAAUCUGUGCUCGACAGCUGGGAAAACAGUGGGCAGUGCUGACCUGUGGACACUGCUUCUGUAAUGAAUGCACGUCUAUUAUAAUUGAACAGUACAGUGUGGGGUCUCAUCGAAGCUCCAUCAAGUGUGCUAUCUGCCGCCAGACCACAUCUCACAAAGACGUCUCCUAUGUCUUUACCUCAGAGAAAGCAAACCAAGAAGAUGACAUCCCUGUGAAGGGUAGCCAUUCUACAAAAGUGGAAGCUGUGGUCAGAACUCUGAUGAAAAUACAGCUUAGAGAUCCAGGGGCCAAAGCACUCGUUUUCUCAACGUGGCAAGAUGUAUUAGAUAUUAUUUCAAAAGCUCUCACUGACAACAACAUGGAAUUUACACAAAUCAGUCGCAUUAAGACAUUCCAGGAGAAUCUUUCAGCUUUUAAACAUGAUCCUCAAGUCAAUAUUUUGCUGCUGCCCCUGCACACGGGCUCUAAUGGACUAACUAUCAUCGAAGCCACUCACGUCCUCUUGGUGGAGCCUAUACUGAACCCUGCCCAUGAGCUUCAGGCCAUUGGGAGGGUGCACCGGAUCGGACAGACAAAAUUUAUUUAUUAUGUACACAGAAGAGGGUGCCAGAUCUCAUUACAGAUGGUUGUGAACCACCAUGUGGGUGCUGGGAAUCUCUCUGGACCCACAGAUGACUUUCAGAGAGCUGGACUGGCCAUUAUGGAAGAAGAGGUUCAGCAGCACCCACACUGUGUGAAUUGUGUCAGUAGACGGUGUAUGACCAGACCAGAGCCUGGGAUUUCCUGUGACCUGAUUGGUUGUCCAUUGGUCUGUGGAGCAGUUUUCCAUUCUUGUAAAGCUGAUGAACAUCGACUCUUGUGUCCCUUUGAACGAGUACCUUGCUUAAAUAGUAACUUUGGAUGUCCAUUUACCAUGGCACGAAAUAAAGUUGCUGAACAUCUAGAAAUGUGUCCUGCAAGUGUGGUGUGCUGUACUAUGGAAUGGAACCGAUGGCCAGUUAGUUACGCAGACCGGAAAUCAUAUGAAAAUCUAAGCAGAGAUGUUGAUGAAGUGGCACAAUUAGACAUGGCCUUGGCUCUUCAAGAUCAAAGAAUGCUUUUGGAAUCUCUCAAAGUUGCCACCAUGAUGUCAAAAGCAACUGAUAAAAUAUCUGAACCUAGAGAACAAAUUUCAGUGAAAUCGAGUGUUCAGGAAAUGCCAUGUGCUAAUGGGUUGGUAUCUGUUGAUGAAGAAUCAUAUGGUGCACUUUAUCAAGCUACUGUAGAAACAACCAGAAGUUUGGCUGCUGCUUUAGAUAUCCUGAAUUCUGCCACAAGAGACAUUGGCAUGUUAAAUACAAGUCUUCAUGCUACCACAGAUGAAAUGGAUGAGAAUAGCAGAGAAAGUUUCCAGGAAAGAAACUUAAAAGACCAGGACCACCUUCAUGAGGAUGAGGUAGGGGCAGUAGGUGGAGUUGACCUUAAUGGCACAAGUCAGAAUGCUCAGUCUGAACAAAAUGGUUCGAGUGAUUUACUAUGCGACUUAAAUACAAGCUCUUUUGGUACUUCUGCUCUUUGUAAUGGCUUUCCUUUGGAAAAUAUGUGUUCACAGGUCAAAGACCAGAAUCAAAAUUCUCCUGGUGAUUCCAUAGAAAGUAACAUAGAAAAUGGAGACUGUGCAGCAGCAGAUGGUACUUUAGAACCUUCCAGUUCACUUUUAGUAGCAGCACAACUUAGAGAAAUAAUUCCUUUCAAUGCUUUGCCCGAUAGCACAUUUCAACAUAUCCUCAUGCCAGAUGAAGAUGAGGAGGAGGACUUGCAUUGGAAAAAGGGAGACUUAGGGGACUUGAAGGAUGUUGAUAACUCACCUUUCAGUCAUGCUCCUUCAUUCAAGUUUCUUUCUAAUUCAUGGUAUAUACCAAAGGAAGACAAAGCAGUCGAUACAUCAGAUUUAGAAGUUGCAGAAGAUCCCAUGGACCUCCAAGGAAUCGAUCUGAUUACAGCAGCAUUACUCUUUUGUCUGGGAGAUUCUCCAGGUGGGAGGGGUAUAUCUGAUAGCCGCAUGGUUGAUGUUUAUCACAUUGACUUUGGGACACAGACGUUCUCACUUCCAUCUGCAAUAUUAGCUACAAAUACAAUGGUUGGAGAGAUAGCCUCAGCUUCAGCAUGUGAUCAUGCCAAUCCACAGCUUUCAAAUCCAAGUCCUUUUCAGACACUUGGGCUGGAUCUAGUUUUGGAAUGUGUUGCUAGGUACCAGCCUAAGCAGCGUUCAAUGUUUACCUUUGUAUGUGGACAGUUAUUUAGAAGAAAAGAAUUUUCUUCCCAUUUUAAGAAUGUACAUGGUGACAUCCAUGCUGGACUCAAUGGAUGGAUGGAACAGAGGUGUCCUUUGGCUUAUUAUGGUUGUACCUAUUCUCAGCGUAGAUUUUGUCCAUCAACACAAGGAGCAAAGAUUAUACAUGACCGCCAUUUAAGGUCAUUUGGAGUUCAGCCAUGUAUAUCUACAGUAUUAGAAGAGCCUUCGAGAAACUGUGUGUUGGGAUUACGUAGUGACCAUCUAAGUAGUCUCCCAUUUGAGGUACUACAGCAUAUUGCAGGCUUCCUAGAUGGCUUCAGUUUAUGCCAGCUUUCCUGUGUAUCCAGGCUAAUGAGGGAUGUGUGUGGCAGUCUACUUCAGUCUCGUGGAAUGGUAAUAUUGCAGUGGGGGAAAAAGAAGUAUCCAGAAGGAAAUUCAUCAUGGCAGAUAAAGGAAAAGGUAUGGCGAUUCAGUACUGCGUUUUGUUCUGUUAAUGAAUGGAAAUUUGCUGACAUCCUAAGCAUGGCUGACCACUUGAAGAAUUGCAGUUACAAUGUUAUAGAGAAACGGGAGGAAGCAAUCCCAUUGCCAUGUAUGUGUGUAACUCGAGAACUUACUAAAGAAGGACGUUCACUGCGCUCAGUUUUAAAACCCGUACUUUAAAAACUGUAUUUACUUGCACAUACAUGCAAGCACCUGGUAUGAGUUUUGUAAUGUAUGACACUUUAUUAAUGUAUUAAAGACUACAACUAGCUCAAUUUAUUGUCACUAUGUACAUACUGUUUUGCAGUGACAUAUAUUUUUAUAAUGUACUGUUAAUUGGGGGAAAAAGUUGCCUUAAUAUUUGAAGUGUGUGAAAUUGUUGGAACAUUGCUAGACAGGGUAAUCUAAUCUUUAUCUGCAUAAUUUUUAAAAUUAGUAAUUUUAAUGGUGUGCAUAUUUACGUUCUGAAAAUUUUUGCUUCUCAAACUAAGAAGAACUUGACCAAAAAAUUAAUUUUUUAUGUUUUCUGUGGGUUGAAGCCCAUAUUAUCAAAAAGCAAAACUUUGAUUCAAAUUUUCCUGCAUACAUUUUUUUUCACAGAACACAUUCAGUUGUUUAAACACUGCCGUAAGAUUGCUAUCAAGUUUUUCUGAUACUUUUCUAAUUAUUGAUCAUCCAUGAUCUCCAGUACUUAGGUACAGGCACAAUAAUGACUUCAUGCCUUCAAAACAACUCAUAAAAAAUGUUUUCAUCCUCUUUUCUUUACACUCUUCUGCUGAAAAUGGUCCUAUGCAGUCCUUUUUCACUAAAUCCCAUAUCUGAGGAGUCAUGGCACAGUGUACUAUGUGACGGACUACAGUAAAAACAAAGCAAGCCUAUGAAUUUAACUUGAAAUUUUUCAUGGUGUUUCAUGUUUUCCUAGGUAUCUAAUGUUUGAAAAGAAAAUAUACCUCACUAUAAGUUUGAAUUUGGCAUAUUGUUUGAAUAAACUUCAAAUAUUCAGAAUUCAAAGGGUUUGACUUUUUAAGGGGCUUUUAAAAUGUUCGUAUAGUGAACUAUAUGUCUAUAAAAAUACACUGGCAUUGUUUUAAGACAUUUAAAAAUGUGAAAUUUCCAAGUGUUUAUAAGUUAACAUCGAGCAGAAACCUAUCUUGGUUGAUAAUCUUUUUAAAACAUUUCCCCAGUCAUGCUUCAUGUUUCCGUGUCGGGACAUAAGAGUUGUGUCUUUUUGUAAAAAUCAAGUGUGGCAAUGAAGUAGUCAAGAAUCUACAGUUUUGAAAUUGAUUUAUACCAUAUUCACUUAAUGUGCUUCUUUUAAAGAAAUGAGCAUACAGGGUCGAUAUGUAGAAGUAAAUUCCAGAGGCAGAGACAAAAGUUCCUUAUCCACAUAAAUUCUGGCACUGAUGAGCUGAAAUGACUAGUGAUGCUGAAAAUCAACUCUGUCUUCUCUUUCUGUGUUGUUUUGGAAGUUCUUUGUGGUUACGGGUUCCUCUUUCCAGAUGUGGUAGUCAGACUGGGGAGCGGUAUCCUUGGCUAUUGAAGAUGGAUUCUCACCUGCUUGAGAUUUGUCGGCAGCCUCAGGCCUGGUCAGAGUUGAGAGUGGAGCUGGAAGACUAGUCACCUGUUUCUUACCUGUCCUUUAACCCAGUGCCUAAACUUUCUGUUUCAACUGGGAGACUGAAUGCAUUAAAAAACAAACAACAACAAUAAUAAAAAAAACCAAAAAACCUUUUGUUUUUGCCAAAAGGUAGAAAUAGGAAUCAAAUGUGACAGAAUAUAACUUUGCUUUUUAAAUUUUUUUCUGAAGAAUGUGUCUAUAGUCAGGUAACAUAAGCAUUAACCUUAUGUUUUAUGUUUGUAUUUUUUAAAAUUUCAUGGUUUGUAAAUUUCAAUCUCGUUCCACACUGAGAUAAUUAACAUUUUUUCACCUUUUUCACUGAAUGAAAUGGAUAUUUUAAUAAUAGCAUAUGUACAUGAAAACUUUCUAUCUACUUUUAUUUGUUCAAAUAAAUACUUUUUACAACUUAUUCUGGGUGAAAAAUGAUAGUCAAGAACUGACAAAUCUUAUUUGAGUUAAGCAUAAUUCAGCUGUUUUUCUUAAGCUAUUGUUGCAGUUUCAGAUACCUAGAAAUAGCUACUUACUAAAACUUGAGUCUUACAACUACAGACAGGGGGACAGUAUGGAAUUUUACAUGAAACUCUGCAUAGAAAAAAUAUUCCUCAUUCUUCAUGAUAGUUAACAUUUAAUUGCUGUUGAUAUCACUGCAUUUUAGCCAUCAGUCCUUCAUGUGGAAGCAACUUCAGGAGACACAGGAACUGAAAGUUCAAAUAUUUGCUUACUGAAACCAUUUUAGUACUAAUAAAUACAAUCCUAAAAAAUACAAUUACCGUAUUUUACAAAAGUUGACAUGAACAAUGUGGUAAGUAAAGUAACAACAGUGGUAAAUUCUUAAUUAAGAAAAUACUAAAUUUAGAUUAAACCAGAAGGUGAACAUUUGGGUUUACAGGUUAAUUAACGUCAUAAAAAGUAUUCCUCUCUGAUUCUUUGGUGAAUUUGUUGCAUGAGUACUCUAAAGUACUAUGAACUACAGCCACUAAAAAUCACUUAGAAGCUAGUCCAAAGCUUUUCCAAGUUUUCCUGUAAUCAUAGGCACUUUUUCUAAAUAUAGUAAAGAUGCAGCCUUUAAAAGAAAAUUAAAAUUUAUCAGAUCAGUUAUAUUUAUUAAAUUAAGAAACGACUAUCUCUUAAAAAUGAGAGCUCUGGGAACGUUAAAAAUGUAUACAAUUUGUUGUCUUUAUCAAUGCAUUAUUGUGUGUUUAACUUAAAAUGAGUAAGUUAACUAAACAACUUAGUAUUUUACCAAAGUUAAAGCAAGAAUUCUAUCAGAAACCUGAAACCCAAAGAAAAACUAGAACGACUGACUCUGAGCCAGUAGCUGUCCAGACUUAGCAAUACACCAUGACAUGGACAUUGAUGGUAGAAUGUUAGAUGCUAGAUGUUAGAAUUUUGAGUUCCAACCUUUGUCUGAAGCUUGGCAAAGUAGAACACUUAGGAACAUGGCCAGUAGUGUGCCUGGUCAUCUGUUAGGCUUCGUUUCCUCAGAAUGCUGCUCACUGGCCACAUCUUUGCCCUCCUUAGAUUUUUGCUACUAUGUGAUAAUGAGUUUGUACUUUCUAAUCUUUCCAGAUAUGCUCAUAUUUUUCUGUUUCUAUUUUAUUUGAUUAUCCCUGAAUUGUUUUUUAGUGUUCUGAUUGCAAAUUUGAAAUUGGGAAGUUCCUGCCAGAUUUAUGACAGAAGGAUUUUUCUUUUCUGUUCUAGAAAGGUUCUUGUCAUUCAAAGAUUGUUGGUCAGCCCCAAGUUGCAGUCACCAAAUUUUCUGGUAGAAGAAAACAUCUGUUGGUUCUCAAGUGCCUGCAGAAAUUACAAGGGCACUCGGGCAUGUCUUCUGCUCAGUGUUUUUAGUAAAGAUACGUUGUGCUUUAUUGUGUGAGAAAUUGGGUAUUGACCUCCUUCAGAUAUCUGUAGUCUUUCUCAGUUUAUUUGAUGAGUUCUAAUCCCCAGUUUUCCAAGGUAACAUCUCUUACGUUUUUCUAGUUUUACUUCACUAAUACUUAAUCCAUUUCACAGAUUUUACAUCUCAGAUUUCGAAUUCUGAGUUCUGUCUCAUGACUGAAGCAGUAUGCUUUCUUACUUAAUUCUAUAAAUUUUCUUGAAUGUUGCAUGUUUCUUCAUUCAUGUCUUAGAUUUUUUUCGUUUCCGUUGUUUUCUAAGACAUAUUUCAUGUUAUGUUACUUCUUUAUUAUAUUGCUAUGUUUUAAAUGUAACUUUCUUAUUUUUUCAUUAAAAAAAAAAAAUGAGCAUUUCUUCUUUGUUGAGCUUGUUUUAAGACCAAAUUGAGGAGUUCCAAUUUCUGCUCACAUUUCCAUGUUCUGUGACUCCACUUCUUUUGUUUCUUGUAGCUCCUUCUGCAUUUCACUAAUCUUUUCAUGUUUUUACUUUUCUCUAUAAGCAACUUAUAGUGACUUGUUCUGUUAACAACUUAUGUGAAUGAACUGCAUCUGGAUUUCCAACCAUCUUCCAAAAUCAUCAUAGUUCAUUUGAAAGUUUUCAAUUAACAUCAAAAUGUUCUCAUAAUUUUGCAAAUCAUAAUUCUCAGAAUAUGAUUCAGAUACCCAGGUGUAGGCCUGAUGGUCAUCCACAGCAUUUACAUGUUUUGUGAACACAUUCUUUUAAAUGAGUGCCCCCUUCAUAUUCUUCCUUUUCAAGGGCAAAUUGCUGGACACCAGUCCUUCUCCACUUGUCUGGCUUCUGUGAUCUCUGAAUGGCUGAGCUUGGGGACACAGGGCUAUCCUGAGUUGUGUGCGGCUGUGCUCUACCAGGCAUUAUUUUCCACACCUUUUGCUGUUCCCCUUUUUAUUAUGCCACCAUAUUAUUUUGCGAAAAUAUUCUUUCUGCUACAUUUAUUCAAAUUCCUAAUGGACUUACAUGCCUCAUUAACUUAUAAAGAGAAACUUUGACCUGGGUAAAAUUUUAAUACUUUGCUGACAAAUUCCAAGCGUGAUCAUACUGUUUCUGUAAUAUUGACAUUCCACGUGUUCUAAGAGUUGUUGAUUGCUGAUUAUCAUUGCUGACUCAGGUUUUACUGGUGAACAUGAAGUUUAUAAACUUGUAAAACUUAGUUUUUUCAACUUCUUCAACAUCUUCAAAGUUGUCCCAUCCAUCUAGUAUUAGGGAAAAACUAGAGUUUCUGGUGUGACUAUUUCUCUAAAAUAUGUAAUGAGAACCUCUUAAUCAUGAAAGAGAUAUGUUUUAUAUUGGCCUAGCAGUUUGUCAUUUGAGGAGGCUGUUGAUUUCUGUCUUUGGUAGUUAUCAAGAUGAAGGACAAGUCUAAGAAUGGAGGGCAAUAUCUAAAUUCACUUUAUUCUCAGCCUCCUUCACCAGAGAUUACUGUAUAUUCUUUGUCAGUUUUUAUCUAUUUUUGAGACCUCACAGGUCUCUUGGGUGUCAGAAGCAACAAUCUAUGCUCAGGUAUCCAGGUGAUCCUGAUACACAGUAAGAGGCAAUUUGGGUUUUGUUUUUUUUUUUUUAAUUUUUAAAAUUACAUCUUUUCUCCCUUCCCUUUCCUCCCUCCAGCCUCUUCCAUGUCCCUCUCUCACUCUCUCUCAAAUUCAUGGCCUCUUUUUCUUUAAUUGUGUAUUUAGGAAUACACAUACACAGAUACUACCUGCUCAGUCCACGAAUGUUACUUGUGUGUAUAUGAUUCCAGGGCUGACCACUGGUAUUGGAGAACCAAUGGGGGCAUUUUUAGCCCCACUCCCAGUAUUCCUCGGUUGACUAGUUCUUUAUUUAUGGUUGAGGCUUCAUAAGCAGUCUUGCAGGAAAGCCUGGGGCUUGUCGACUGUCUCUCUCUGUUAUUCAGGUGAGUGUGUUGGUAUGUACAUAUUUGAAAUGCUAAAUGAAGAGCCAUAAUUUAUUAAAACUAAUGUUUAAAUUAACUAUGUAUAUAUGUUAAUUUUCUAGCCAUGUGGUCAAAUACAUUGGGUACUGUGAUUUGGAUUUUUGUUUUUAAAAAAAGCAGUAUUUUAAAUUUCCCUAGUAUCAUACUGGUGUUGACUUUAUUUAUGGUAAAUUAUGGUGUAAAUUUUAGCUCAUCAGUAACCUUUAGCUAAAUAGUCUUGUUCUCUUUAGUGAUUGCAGAAUCUGGUCAAUACCCAGGAUUUUUAAAAUAAGAAAAGUGUAGAAGUAAAGAAAUACUGAAUCAAAUCCUGUGAAGAUGUUUAAUGGGAAUCCCCUCAACCCAAUCAGUAAGAAAUAUUAAUUGCAGGUUUCUGGUUUAUCGUGGUGUAGAAUCUGUUUCUAGGUCUUUGCCACUAUUUGCAUACAUUGAUGAUGUUAUAUUAUCUGUCCUUUCACAUUGUGAGAAUCUUAGUAAUAUUGAAAUAAUGGUGUUUGCAACAAAGCUAUGCACAUUGAAGGUAUAGGAGUUUGUUACUAUACUAAUAAGGGAUUUUAUUUGAAGAGAUUUUACUAUUGGAUUUGGUGUAAAACAGAAUUUUGUGUGUGUGUGUUUUCUUUCCCCAACUAAAAGUCAUUGGGUUUAUGUUUUAAAUAUUGUGAGGAAAGGGUAUUGAAACAUUUUAAAGUUUGUUUCAUGAUUGACAUACUACAAUGGAAGUGGAUGUGAUUGAGACCUGCAUAGUUAGCUGCUAAAAAGUGAAUGAAAGCAGUUAGACCAACUCUCUGGACAAAACGUUUGGCAUAGAAAGACUUUUUCUGCUACUAUGCUUGCCUCGUUAUCUAAUUGUUGCUGUAAAUGGUCUUGCUGUCUUGAUAACUAUGAAGCAGAGUUCUGGUUAUUAUGCCUUUAAAUCAAAUGUAGUCAGGACUAGCUCAUCCCAUUGUGUUUACAAUAACAUGCCAAUAGAUUUUGUUAGUAUUAAUCUAAAUCUGGUUUCUAGAAAGAAAAAAACAAUUCUUUCAAUAAAGCCUAAGUCUAGUGAAAUCUUUUCCAAAUUACAUGAAAAAGAAGGCUAGUUCUUUUGAAGACACCUUUUAUAUAACUAUUUCGUGUUACUUAGAAGAUUGUUUGAGAUAAUAGUUCUCAACUUCCAGUUUUAUGAUGAGAAUAUUGAGGCAUUCAGUUUAAUAGAAAUAUGCCCUGACAAGGAUCCCUCUUCUACUUCACAGAUGCAGAGAGAGAAGGGACAUUUAAAUAGAAGGAAGUUACUGUUGUCUGAAAAUUCAGUUCUUACUGUUAGGGAAAGGAUUGUGUGUGAUACCAAAUACACUAAUGAAGAGUGGUGUGUUAUGUUGGAAAUCCUUUCCAAAACUGAGACAUUUUACUAAAGGUUUGUGGAAUUUUGUUGCCUCUGCAGCUGAAAAAAAUAUACAUUUACUGUAUAUAUGUAAAUGUAUCUAACUUCUAAUCUUCAUAAUUGAUCAUCUUGAGUUUUGUUACCUUAGACCAUUCAAAAUAUUCUAGUUGGAUUGAUGUUUCAUUGUAUUAUGUGUAGAAUGACUUGGCCUUAAUAAACUACAGAGAAGUAAAUUUGGGUUACAAACAUGAUUCGUUAACACACUGUAGAAAUACAGUAAAAAUUUGUUGAUACAGAUCUUUAAAAUAAUUUUUCAGCCUUUUGACAUGCUGGAUUGAAGUUUCCAUUCUAUUUUUUUAAUAAUUUAUUUGUAUUAUUUUUAUGUGCAUCAGUGUUUUGCCUGCAUAUAUUCCAUGUGUGGGUGUCAGAUCUUGGAGUUACAGAUAAUUAUGAACUGCCAUGUGGGUGCUAGGAUUUGAACCCAGGUUCUUUGGAAGAGCAGGCAGUGUUCUUAACCGCUGAGCCAUUUCUCCAGUCCCGAAGUUUUUAUUCUUAAGACAAGAAAAAACAUUUCAGAGCAGAUUGACAAGAGAAUUAAAUCAUUUCUUUUUCACUAAUACUAAUCCAGGUUUUAGCAUCUCCAAAAUCAUUUUAUUAACAUAUUUGCAUGAUUAUAUUAGAUAAUGGCUCUUCUAUUGUUAGUUCUAGUGGGGGCAAUAUUUCAUGUGUUGAAAGUAAUAAAAUUACAUUUCAGUUGGAUUCUUCAUAUAAGAUUCAUAGGUCCAAUUAUCCUUUGCUAUUAAACAUAAAAAGUCAUUGAAAUUUUGCCUUUUUAGCAUAAAUUAUUUACAUUUUCUCAGAAAAGAUUAUAAAGAAGUAAAUAAACUUAUUUAAUAUUUGUCAGGAAAACUGAUAAGAAUCAGACAGUUUUCUUCUGUUUCUAGUCAAAAGGUGACAUUAAUUGUUAGGCUAUUACAUGAUAGUUAAGAGCCAGUGAUAGAAGAACAUUCAAAAGACUGUAGAGUUGAACAUCGAGCUGGGGUCGGGGUAAUGCUCAGUUGGUAAAGCACUUGCUGGACAAGCACGGGGACAUGAGUUUAAUUCCCAGAACCCGUAAAAAUGCCAGGCAUGGUGGCACAUACUUGGAACCCCAUCGCUGAGGAGGUGGAGACAAGCAGACCCACUGGCCCCCCACUUUAGCCCAGUUGGUGAACUGCUUCGAAAGAGGUGGAUGAUGUUCCUAAAGAUGACACCUAAGGGAGGGGAGUCCUCUGCCUCCACCAGCACUUCAACAAAAACCCCUGCUUCUUGCUAUCCCAGAAGAGUUGGUUCUGUUGAAAUAUUUUUUGUAAGUUAUUGUAAUGAUGCAUAUUUAUUCUGUGGCUUA